AUGAGCAAGGCACAGAAUUUCGAUGUGUCCCGCCUUCCUGCGUACCGCCAAAGCUACCUCGAGCGUUUCCACCCAUAUGCGCGCGUCUCGACGCGUCGCACGUCAGAGAUGCUCAUGACCACAGUCGACUACAGGCACGGGGAGGCGGCAACGGGCGGGGAUCCAGCGCCCUAUGCGCGUUCUUUAGAGCGCUGCGAGGAGACGCAUGAUACCCAAGCGUCAGGGUACGAAGAUCCGCCGGUUGUCGAUGCCGAGUCUGGCUGCGAGGUGCCUAUCGAGGAGCGGUUGGCUCGCAGCAAGCUAGCUGACGCACUGUUGGAGUUACUCGGGGCUCUGCGAACCAGGUACCUGACCAUGCAAGCGGUCCAGGGCUUUCUGAGCUCGGGACCGACCAAGUAA